AUGCCGCAACUCUUCCCAUCUAAUCCGUCGGCAACGAUGGUCAUUCGCUCGGUGACCCCCAACAUCGUCACUUUCAGCCUGCCAUUCGCACGUUUUGGGAUUAUGCGAUUUGGCGGCCGAGGAACCUUGGUCAAGCUCGCCACAGGUUCCCUCGCUGUAUUCUCGCCCGUGAGUCUCACCGCGGAAGUACGCGAGAAGGUUGAAUCGCUGGGUGGCAAUGUGAAAUACAUUGCCGCGCCGGAUUUGCAGCACCAUUUACACAUCACGGCCUGGAAGAAGGCCUACCCACAGGCCGAGAUCAUCGCGCCCGAAGGCCUAUGGGAGAAACGCCAGUCGAACAAGGAUUUCUGCGAUACUCCGUUCCAGCACGUGUUCAAAAAGGACAGCCCCCGGCCGUCCAUCUCCGAAGAGUUCGACGCCGAGUUUGAGACUGAGUACGUGCACGGACAUGCCUCGCGUGAGCUGGUUUUCCUGCACCGGCCAUCGCGCACUGUUAUCGAGGCCGAUAUGUUGUUCAACCUGCCCGCCAAAGAGCAGUACUCGAAGACCAAUGAUGGUAAUCCACUGAACUUCUGCACCAAACUGGUGUUGUCGGCCCUGACCACCGUUAUCCCUGCCACUGGCCAGCGACGCUUCGCCUGGUAUAUUCUAUCAUCCCAUGACCGGGCCUCGUUCACCGAGUCUGUGAAGCGGAUUAUUCGUUGGGACUUCGAUCGGUUGAUUCCAUGCCACGGUGAUGUGAUCGAGACGGAUGCCAAGGCGGUGUUCCAGAAUGUUAUGGCGUGGUUUCUGCAGGAUGAAAAGAAGCAUGUCUAA